AUUCAGUGUCCAGAAAAUAAAAAGAUAUUAUUAAAUUUGGAAAAUAUAUGGAAAACUAAUAACUAUUCAGGUGAUAACUUUUUCAAUGAACAAGUUAUGGCAAAUCUUGAGGCUAAUGAAAAUCCAUAUAAAUUAUCAUUAUAUCUUUCAAUGAAUGCUUUUGAUUACUUCAAUUUUAAGAACUUUAAUUUUUCUCACUCUAUUUUGAUAAUAUUUGAUAAAUGGAUUAAUUGUAAAAGUGAAAAAUAUUUACACUUGGUAAAUGAUGAAUUAAAGAAAUGUGCUCUUAUACUUUCAACCAGGUUCAGAAAUCACAUUAAUCUGUUUGCAAUUAUUGUGCAACUAUACCAACUUAAAACAAUGCAUGCAAUAUUCUUAACAACCUUUGUUCAAGCUUUAUUAUAUGAGAAAAAAUAUUUAAUAGCCUCCAUAAUUAUAAAAGAGCUGGAUAUGUAUUCUAUGGUAGAAAUAUAUAAAGAUGUAUUAAUACCAUUAGCAUUAAUUAGUGAUACAAGACCAAUUUAUACCUUUUUGAAAAAUAUGCCCACAGAACAAAAAAUUUUUAUCCAAAUGCUUGAUGGUUAUAUUGGUAAUAUACACAUUCUGCAGGAAUUUGCACAUCAACUUGAAUACAAGGACAUUAAAAUUAAUUUGGACAAUAAAAAAUUAGUAAAUAUUGUUAAAACCUUGCUUAAGACUUUUAAAUUGAAAUCAAAAAUAUGCCCAAAUUUAAAGAAAAAUAUGAUUGAGAGUAUGUUCCGAUAUUAUCUCUACAAACAAAAUUGCGCUAGGAAUAAGAUUAUAGACGAAAACACACAUGACUUGAUUAAGCUAUGCUUUGAUCAAUAUCCUUCCAUGAGACUGAAUUUCAUUAAUUUGCUAUUGGAAUCUUAUUUGGAUGAUUAUUCAUGGUAUUGGUCUUACAAAUAUGGUUAUCUGCCACAUUUGUUGAAGCAGCCUAUCAAUAUAAUCAGGGUUUCCUAUAUAUCUCUGAAUAAAAUUGUAUACCCUCUACCAUCUAUUGGUUCCUUAUAUAAAUAUGAUGUUACGGAAGAAGCGGAAGUCGCAGACAAUUUUUAUCACUUGAAGAUAUCAUCUAAACACAUACACAUGGUUGAAAAUAUUAGCGAUUUUAAAACAUUUUUAGCGACAUUGUUAGAUAAGUCGAUAACAGCUAUUGGAAUGGAUGCGGAAUGGAACCCUUGCUCUGUUCCCGAUAUCAACAACGAAUCACAAAUAGAUCUCUUCCAAGUUGCCACUAACAAGGACAUAUUUUUAUUUGACAUGCUCAAUUUAUCUUCUAAUAAUGUAGAAAUGGUCGAUUGUUGGAGAGCAUUUGCCCAAGUCAUGAAGAACCCUCAUAUACUAAAAAUAGGGUUUGAUUUUGAACAAGACCUCGACAAUCUCAAAAGCCACACCACUAAGAAUUGCAAAGUAAACCUCGAUUUCAAGCCCUUGAAUUUUUUAGACCUCCGAAAAUUUAAAGAUAUUUUUAACGUAUCCCUCCUUCCAUUCCACCCCGAUCAUCGUAAAAGUUUUGCUACCAAUUCUCACUGGGUCGAUUCCACAAUAAACGGAGGCGUUAAUAAAUUGAACGACCUCAGUCUAACCAAAUCAAAGUCCAGACCCAAAAACGAGAAAGGACUAAGCGAACUAGUGUUUUGGUGUUUCGGCAAAUAUCUUGAUAAAAAAGAACAAGUAUCUCGAUGGGCCAACAGGCCGCUUAGGCUAUCACAGACUCUGUACUCAGCUAUGGACGCUUUUUGUCUCGUUGAAAUACACGCGUUUUUAAUCGAGAUUUAUUUUAUCGGAGAAAUAGAUUGUGCAAAUACAAAUCACCCAUUUUCGUUAAUUCAAAAAUGGAUAUAUGAAUACCCCGCUCAUUUUAAGGACAGUAGUAAGACCACUAAUGAGGAUGAUAAAAAUAUUAACAAGAAAAAAAGAAAAAGGAAUAAAAAAUAACUUAGAAAUGUUUUUAUUUUUUUUAACAUCAUUAUUUAUAUGUACAACCUGUAAUUAAUAUAAUGCAUUUUGAGAAGGAAGGUAGGUAAUUUUUAAAAUAUUUUUAUAUC